AUGGAGUGUUUUCGGCAGAUAGCUCGACUUGUCAAGUCUCCCUUUCGGCGCGAGAAGCAGCAGAAGGUGCUGGAGAUUGGACCCCCAACCGACUUUCGGAAAGAGGAAUUGCCCGCCUUCUUCUCAGAUGACGAUGCGGCAACCUUGCACAGCCGGGGUUCUACCCUAGAGAAGGAGAAGGAAGCGGCGGCCACCGCCAUGGAACGUCAACCAUCGACACGAGACAAGAUCAAGACGCAUGUCCGGAGGCUGAGCGUCCGGGUUGCGAGACCAGUUUCUGAUGCCCACGAUGAGCAAUGA